UAUUUAAAUAAUAUUAAAGGAAUAACUAGGAUAGGAAUGUUAAGAAGACUUGAUACUGUCGAUAAGAAGUAUAGUGAGUAUGUCCAUAAGUGGGACACUCACUAUUUUGAACUGCCUUUUAUGUUCGCAGGGAUGAUAUUUGCUCCAUUUAUAGUCCCAUUUGUGGUAGCAUCUAUUUAUCUUAUUUCAGUCAUCUAUUUCAGAUCAGAUGAUGAUAUAACUGAUGGUCAUAAACUCUUUAAUAAAGCAUUUGGUUACACAAUGGUGUACCUCCUCUGGGUCAUUCUCGGAUUAAUUCUAACUGUGUGCAUGAAAAAGUUUCUUUACAGAGAGCGCCCAAAUCCAGGUAAAACUGCAAGACUAAUGGAGUUAAGGUGGAACGAGCAUAACGGUGCGUUCCCAAGUGGAGAUACUUUGCAGUCUGCUAUGUAUGUAGGAUAUGUCCUAAUAACUUUCCCUCUCUAUGGCCCAAAUGCUUAUUUACAAUAUUUGCUUCUCGUUGCUGUACCAUUAGUAGCAUUCUCAAGAAUUUAUUAUCACUGUCAUUGGAUUGGAGACACAAUUGUCGGAGCUAUUGUUGGAUUUAUCCUUAGUGCCUUCGCCUUUCUGACAACAAAAGCAUUCUACUAACUACUUUGCCAUCAGAAAGUAUCGUAGAUUUGAAAUCUAGGCCAUAGGG